AAUUAAAAAGAUUAUAACAACCUUCCUUUGUUUUUAGUUUCUUAUUUGAACUUCGAAAGUUAUUCCUAAAUUUCUGUAAAAAGCAAGCUCAAAUUUGAAACCAAAAAUGUCGAAAGGGAAUCAGCCAAACUUUAGUAAGAUCUGGGAUCUCGGAAAGUGGAAUUCGCGGGACAUUAAGCACUACAGCUCCAUAUCACGCAUUCAAAAACAGCUUCGCAUUGGAAACUGGGAAUAUCUCUGCCAGCAUCCAGAGAUACGUGCCAUAAUCCGGGUUAUCCUGCACCAGGCCCUCAAUGCAAAGCCAAAACCAGAUAAUCUCCGAAAGUUUGUGGCCGAAUUGUUCAACUGCGGACAGAACCCGUUGUUAGUGCCUAUGAUAAAUACCCAGUUGAAGUACGUAAAGGAUCAGUUACAUCGGGGCCGCUGGAGUCAGUUUGAUGCUGAGAUGCUCUUUAUGGAGAGUCCUUCGACACACUCGCUCCUAUCAACGGCCUCCGAGGACGGCAAUGUCCAUCCCGUCCUCACUUAUGCCCUUGUGUUUAAAAAACCCGAUGAGUGCGGCAUCGAUAAGCCCCCAUUUUAGAACCUAAUAUUUCAUCAUAUCAUUAUUUUGAAUAUUGUGAACCGAAUCCAUUAA